UUCUGUAAUCCGAUGGACAAGAAUGCUCCUCCGGGUAACGAUGGGACCCGCAGAACACGUGGCCACAUCUACACUGAAACCCUAGCAGCCCCACCUUCUUCUUGCACGCAUUACAUCUACCAUUCUUCCUCUUCUUCUUCUUCUCUACCACAACCGUCGCCUCUUCAGUCUUUUCCAACUCCUUCGCCUCUUCAGCUGCUGUUUCCGUGUGGACACUCAAAGUGGUCAAAACAGAGGUUCUUGGUCUGUGACGUGCUGAAGAAGCCACAACCUCUAAUGCAAAGAGAAGGUUCUCCGUACCAAAUCGCCAGAAAGUCAAAGAGAGAGUUAGAGAGACAGGACGAGGCGGGGUCGUUAGGUCAGGGCUCGGACAAGGGUUUGUGUUCUGAUGUUCAACACGGGAGAUGAUAGCAGAGAUGUGAUCAAGAUUGGUCAUAUCAGUAGGAUGAACCGUAUUGAAAUCAUUGGAGGAUGUUUGAGUCUCUCUUCUGC